UUCACACCGGAGAACUUGAUCUUGACCAACUGGUUUGGAUUCAUGGGAGAGGAAAAAAAAAACUUUACCAUUAAGCCCACAUUCUGAGCUAUAACUACCAAGAAGGUUUCAUCUACAACUUCCAGACUUGGACAUCAACCUUUUGGGAACAUAUUUUUUCUUUUUCAUUUUUUUGUGUCUUACUAUUUAUUUUCACCCACUCUUGGGGGUUAAAUCUUCGCCCAGUCCGUGUGGUCGCCCCCUCCUUCCCAGAGAGGGUGUAAAGUUAAAGUCGCCCCGGAGAGAUGCAGUCCUUUCUCCCGCUUGCUGUGUAUUGCAUCAGCCUGGUUUCCCUCCAGCAGCAGCUGCUGGCAAUGCCGGCUGAGCGUCCCGACAGCAACAGGUUGGACCUCAUCGACAGGCUCAUGGACCAGAGAGAGGAUGAAGCCUCAGCGUCAGGAAGCCAGGCUCACAUCGCCGCGCCCUCUUCAGCCAUGAGCCCACCCCCAAAAUGGCUGCCCGUUUUCCUGAGACACCAACCGGCUUCGGGAGCGAGAGCAGCCUCGCCAAGCCUGGCGUGGGCACGACCAAAUAGGGCUUCACCCGUCCAGCGGAGGGCGCUGAGAUCUCGUCGCUACGCCCACUCGCGAGGUGGUCACCACCACCAACAUGCCCAGCUGAUGAGAGUGGGUUGCGUCCUGGGAACCUGCCAAGUGCAGAACCUCAGCCACCGGCUCUAUCAGCUCAUUGGUCAGAGCGGCAGGCAAGACUCAUCCCCCAUCAACCCCAGUAGCCCCCAUAGUUAUGGAUGAGUUAGUUGAUACCCCCCAAACACCCACAGCAAGUCUAUCUAUAUCUCCAUAUAUUUAUCUUUUAAUGUAUUACUGGUAGUCUUUGCAUUAGUUUGAUGUAGUCCUUAAGCCUUGCUUAUGUAUCUCAAAAUGACAAUUAUACUCCCAUAAAUGACUGUUGUGCCUCUCUACUUUUUGUGCUGAUUGAUGGAUUUGAAGAUUUAAAUUCAACAACGUGAUUUUUGAAAAUCCGCAUUUUGAGUUCAACCUGAGAACGUUUGCCUUUUUUGUAGUGGGUUAGUCUCGUCAAGUCCGAA